AAGCUAAUAGUGAUGUCUUUGUACACAACGGGUCGAAAAUCGGACUACUUUUCUAAUCCGAAUCAGUUUAUGCCUGAGAGAUGGCUUAGAGAUAAACAGUCGGCCAACUAUCAGGCUAUUAAUACUCACGCCUGUCUGCCAUUUGGUUUGGGCGUCAGGUCUUGUAUUGGGCGCAGAGUGGCUGAGGUUCAGAUGCAAUUUCUCUUAUCCAGAAUUGUUCAGAAAUUUGAAUUGUCGGCCACAACUGACAAAGAGAUUGGCAUUAAGUUGCGAAUGAUUACAACACCCGAACAACCCAUACAUUUGGCCCUCAAAAAGAGGAACACUAUUUGAACACAUUUUUAAUACAAACUACACAAUACACUACAAUAUGUUUUUUUUAAUGAACCCAGUAUUAUAUUUAUAUAGAUAUUUAAUCUAUUUCCCAAUAUUUUUGAAUAGAAACACAAAUUAUUAAUAUUUUUAGAUUGAUUUGAAUAGUUUUCAUAAUUAAUAUUUAAUUCUGAUAUAAUAUUUACAAUUAUUCUCAUAUAGAACCCAACCCACCAAUUAUGAUAAUGUGAUCAUAACAACAUUUUGCCAA